AAAAUUUUAAUUGACAAAUUUUGGUUCAAAUAUGGCAAGAAACUAUGGCGUCGAAAGUAUUCCCACUGAGGAUCAAAGAGUUGAAGAUGAUUACAUAGACGAACUUAUCAGGAAGUACCUCAACAACGAGGACAUGAAUAGUUUUUACGAAGACACAAGUAUUCCCUCACUAACCUCCCCUGAGACUGACAAAUGGCUCGGAGAAGUGCUCCCACCAGACUUCAAUAACAACCAGGAUUUUUCCGUACCAGAACUCUUUAUGUUGGAGGAUGUGAGUAGUUUACCUGACAUGUUCGACGAUACGGGGUCCGACGAAGAAGUGCUGUCUAUUUUGGACGAAAUAAUUAUGAAGGACGAAAAGAAAACAGAAGCAAAAGUUGUAGUAUCAGGAGAGGUCAAACAUGUUCAAACAACUCCAAAACUUGAGCGAAAAAGACACGCCAAAACACUUAAUGGAGACCCAACAUCACAGAACAUGAAGAAAAUACAAAGGACUUCAGUAGACAGGCGAGUACAACCUACUUGCAGAAGGCCAAUAAUCAUGAAAAGCAGAACUAAAAGAAGGAAUGUUGAAGAGUGAAAUAAUUCACAUUGGUUCUUUUAAUAACCUUUGAAUAUAAUAAGCAAAAACUGCCAACUGCCUCCAGAGUCCUGAUGUUAUUAACUGCCAGCGUACGUUCUUUAAUUUUUGGCUCAUUUUUAAGCUGCUCUCUGAAACAAAUCAAGAUCAUUUACAAGAACAAAACUUUCAAAGGACUAAAUUAAUACAAGCCAAGCUUAACCUUUUUUAAGGCAUCUUAUUUUUUUCAAAUCCAUUUAUAUUUUAGUUAGAGAAGCUGGAAAUGAAAUAUUGUCACAAAUUUCCUUUGAUAUUAUUUGUGUUGAGUCACUACAUAUGAAUUGCAAAUGUUAAUAAAAUCUCCUUACUUUUA